AAAAAUCAGUAUUUCUGAAUUUGAUUCAAAGCCUUGGAGUAUGGCAUGUGCGCAGGGAAUCUCCCCAACGGCGGUGACUUGUAUUUCUCGCCGGCGGCAACCAGUUUACACCGGAUCCAAUAACAGGCGGCAAGUUCAUCGCUUUAGAGCUCAACUCAAUCAGGAAGGAGACGACGACUCAGUUUUCAGACUCGCCGCACUUCGCGCCUCUCUCCGUCUACAAGAAACCCAUCGUCCAGAUCCUCUCUUUUUGGACCCAUACGCUGGUUGCUUUGUUUCUCCAGAAUCAGAUAAAGAGAUCCAUCUCCAUCAAUCAUGCAAUUAUCGCCUCGCAACAAAAUUCAUUGACGAUAAGUUGCUUACAACAGUGAGCAAAAUCGAUGGAGUUAAGCAGAUUGUUCUAUUAACAGACGGAAUUGACACUAGGCCUUAUAGGCUCAACUGGCCAUCUUCCUCAAUAAUUUAUGACAUUUCCCCAGAUAGCAUUUACUCCAAAGCAGCUCGAAAGCUUCAAGAAGUUGGAGCUAAAGUUCCAAGAGGCUCCUUGUUCUAUCAUGUCCCUCUUGAAUCACCUAAUUUGGUCACAUCCUUGCACAACAAAGGAUUCAAUGGCAGCCAACCAAGUGUGUGGGUAUUACAGGGUUUACCAUUCGUGAAUUUGGUGAACUUUGCCGACAUUUUGUCUGUUGUUGGCCACUUAGCGACAAAGGGAUCUCUCUUUUUAGGAGAAUUGCCAGUCUGGUUGACGAAAACAGAGUCGAGUACCACCAGAUGGAUGGAGAAGGUUUUCAUGGGAAACAGUUUUAGUGUUGACAUGAUUAACCUUAACGAGUUCGCUAGAAGCCUUGGCAGAGAAGAGCCAGCUUGGGUAGAAUACGACUACAUACAUUUUGUCGCACAACACUUGCGAUUCUCUGAUGAUCAGAUGGAAUAUUGGAGCAGAGAGUUUCAGAGGAUUGAUGGAGAUGGCGAUGAAGAAGGGUUUGAGGAGCUCUAAACCGUAUUGCAUUUGUUUCUUUAUGGAUUUCUUAUUUGUUUCUGGCUGUUUGUAAUAAAGAAUGAAUUUCAUUGAAUACAGAUGAAAAGAGUGAUUUCUAGUUCUUUAUAAAUAUCA